AUGUUAUAAUACCCAAGGUUCCUUCAGAUCCAUAUACAAGUAUUUUAGAUAAGUUCUAGUUUCUCUUUCCUUCCUUUAUUCAAUAUAUUUAAUAGCUUUCCAUUAGAUAAGAUAACUUCUAUUUCUAUAAUAUAAAUUCUUAAGUCAUUUCUUUAACACCACCAUCUAAAAAGCAUCCUUGCAAUAAUCAAUCAGAUAAUUAUAAAAUAACUCCUGACUAAGCUGUAACUGUUGAUGUUGUAGUCUUAAAUUCCUAUACGUUAUUCAUCCUUUUAGACUUUAGUUCAAUCAUCUAAAUAAUAAUAUAUUUCUUCCAAAGUAUAAUUACAAGAUUACAAAACCUCUCUUACCAACUUUAUAGAAGUAGGAAUAACAGUAAUUUCAAAUUUGCCUCAUUGCAAUCCCUACGAUUCUUAAUUCAAAGAUUUCAGAUAGAAGGGAUCUGUUAGCUCAAGCUAUGCUGUGAUUAUUUAGUUGAAAGAAAUUAGAUAUUUUUCUUUAUAAAUUUAAUAUGCUAUUACUUCAACAUUAAGUUUUUUUUAGAUUUAGAAUAUAAUAGGAUAGAAAAUUAUUUUUAUUCAAGCUAACAAACCAGGAACUUCCAUUAUCAUAAUACUCCCUUAUAAUUUCUGA